AUGAGGUUCCGGACUCAGUCGAUCACCUUGCUCGCCGACAUCGAGAAGAGUUUUCCGCAAAUAAUCAUCGAAGAAAAAGACCGGGACGCUCUGCGAUUUCUUUGGGAUCUCGACAAUUCGGGGCACCCGCGUACCUUCAGGCUCACCCGAAAUUAUUUCGGUUUUGCGUCUUCGUCUUUCAUACUGGCUGCCUGCAUCCAGACGCUGAUCAAGUGGCAUGAGCCUGCGUACCCAGAGACUGCCAGGCUGAUCAGAGAGAAUCACUACGUAGACGACGUUGCAACAGGUGCAGCCAAUGAAAAAGAGGCCAUGGAGAUCUACAAGCAAACAAAAGAAAUCUUCGCUCACGGCUCAUUCAACCUCCGGAAGUGGAGUUCAAAUUCAGCGGCGCUCACAGAGAUGUUCCGACACAACGGAGAUGGCAUCGAGCAGUACGAUUCAUCCAGCUGGUGUCGAGUACUGGGGAUGAACUACAAUCAGAGUGCAGACACGAUGAAGCUGAUCGUCACCAAUGCCAGCACCAACCUCGAGAUUGUUACGAAGAGGACGGUUCUAAGCAUAGUGGCGUCAGUUUUCGACAGAAUGGGCAUCGUAGCUCCAUUAUUGGUACCUGCAAAAGUCUUGAUGCAAAAACUGUGGACACUGAAGAUAUCUUGGGACGAUCCAGUACCAGAAGACGUAAACCGAGACUUCAGAAAAUGGAUCGAAGAUCUGAAGAGGAUCGAAUCUGUAACCAUCCCACGAAGAUAUUGGGAGGGCGGAAACCCGUCGGAAAAAACUCUACACGUUUUCGCUGACGCAUCUCAGCACGCGUAUGGCUUCUGCGCUUACAUCGUAUCGAGCAUGGGGACUAGUAGAACAAGCACCCUCAUGCUGGCCAAAUCAAGAGUUGCACCUCUGAGGAACGCAACGAUCCCAAGGUUGGAGCUCAUGGCGCUAACUUUGGCUGCCGAAGCGUUGAGCUACAUCCGGACACAGUGUCGCAUCGAGUGCGAAGAGGAACACCUUUGGACCGACAACUCGGGCGUUUUCUUCCAAGCAACAUCGGAGUAUCCGGAGAAACUUCCGACGUUUGCGAGAAACCGAGUACAGAAGAUCAGACAACUCGCAGGGCGAGCAACCAUUCACCACGUUCCCGGACAACUAAAUCCAGCAGACCUCGUCAGUAGAGGAUGCACCUUCAGUGAGUUCGAAAGAAGUUGCUGGCUCUCCGGACCCGACUUUAUUAGGAAACCAAAAUCAAUGUGGCCAAAGCCACCAGGAGAAUACCAGUCGGAACCCUUACAGGCCACCGAGGCAAAAGAGCUCUCGGAGUUCAAGAGCUUCCUGAUCCGCAGACCGGAGCAGCCGGAAGAGGUGGCAGUGAACCUCGUAGUCGAUACGCAGUCGACUUUGCAGAAUGAACCCGUACUUCGUUUCGAUUCCUGUAGUCGAUGGAACUUGUACCUUCGAGCCGUGGUUAGGUUUCGGAGAACCGUUGAUUACUGGAGGAAGCGGGGUGACAAGGAACAGCUGCAGAGCCCAAUCCUGCAAGAGGAGCUCGAAAGAGCCGAGACAUUCAUUGUAUCACAAGUUCAGGCAGCGAGCUACGGUCAAGAGAUACGACACAUCACCGCAGGACUCAAUCUCCCGAAGACUUCACCCAUCCGAGUGUUCGCGCCGUUCCUCAAAGACGGCCUUCUCUGCUUAGGCGGAAGAUUGGAAAGCAACGUGGGAGAGCUUCCCAAACAUCCAGUCAUCUUGCCUCCAAAGCACCCGGUAACGAGAAUGAUCCUGCGGGACGUCCACGAGAGGAGUUGUCACGCAGGACCGACGCACGUAAUAGUAGCGACCCGCCACAAAUACUGGAUACCACAGGGGAAGCGUAUCGUCCGAAACAUCAUACACAGUUGCAAGAACUGCCGAGCAUUCCACCUGCGACCAGCGUCGGCCACAGUAGGCCCGCCGCCGGAAGCAAGGGUUUCAAAAUCUCAGCCGUUCGAGCAUGUGGGAACGGACGUACUCGGACCACUAAUGGUGAAACAAGGAAAUGAACAGAAGAAGGUAUGGGUCAUACUCUACACCUGCUGCGCCAUGAGAGCAGUUCAUCUCGAAAUCAUACAGUCGUUGUCGACUGUCGAGUUGAUGAUGAGCUUGAGAAGAUUCAAAGCUCGACGCGGAUGCCCGCGAACGUUCUACUCCGACAAUGCAAAAGCAUACCAGCGAGCAGCAGAGGACCUCAAGGCUCUAUGUGAACUAAUGAAGAACACGAAUAUCCAGGAACAACUAGCGACAGAGGGUAUAGAAUGGAAGUUUUCAAUCGAGAGAGCACCAUGGUACAUGGGCUUCACAGAGAGAUUAGUGGGAAGCGUUAAGUCGGCGCUGAAGAAAGUCUUGGGAAAAACAGUCGUCACUGAGCAAGAAUUGUUGACAGUGCUCUGUGAAGUCGAGUCCAUGAUCAAUAGGCGGCCGCUGUGUGACGUGCCAGAGUCGGAGCACAUCGACGUUUUGACCCCCAUGCACUUCCUCGUGAAUCGCACAGAAGACCCCGUACAGGAAUCCAUCGCACCGAACAAAAUACGAGCUCAAGAUCUCCUGAAACGUUGGCGACACAAGAAACUCAUUGUGGAGUCGAUCUGGAAACGAUGGGAACAUGAGUACCUCCUGCUUCUGAGAGAGUUCCACGAGAAGGUACCGAAGGAUUUGAGCACCAUAACCGUCGGCCAGGUGGUCAUCAUCAAAGACCCGAAAACGCCAAAGCUGUUCUGGAGAUUAGGUAGGGUCGAGAAGCUUAACUUCAGCAGAGACAAGGUGAUCAGGUCAUGCUUGUUGAGGUUGGGAAAUGGGCGGAUGACCCAGAGGGCUCUGAAGUAUUUGUAUCCACUCGAGGUGGUGUAG